AUGAGGAACAGUAUUAUAAAAGCCUACGGCAUUCUGCUAUGUAGAGUCCUGUAUAGUGGCACAAGAAACCUUUUAGGUGAUAAUUCAAGAAUUGAGUUUUUAUUUUUAAAGGCAUCGUACGGGAAUAAACAUUGGAGUCCUCCAAAAGGUCUGCACGAAAAUAACGAAGAUGGGUUAGACACUGCCCUGAGAGAAACGCUGGAGGAAACAGGACUCGAUAGGGACAAGUACAAGUUACUAAAUUAUCAAAAGACCCUAGAAUAUAUGGUUAGUGAUAGAUUAAAGGAGACCACCUAUUAUUUGGCUCUUCUGCUGAACAACGAGGAACGCAUCACUUUAUCAGAUGAACACACGGAUUAUAAGUAA